AUGGCUGAGCACAAGCACAAUAGCUUCCUCGGAAGUAAAUAUCUCCCAUUCAAUACCAAAUUCUUACCACCUCACCAACAACAGUCUAUCACCAUGUGCUUUGGCUCCAAAGACAAAGACAGCGACCCCUACUGGUGGGGCUACAUCGACGACGGCCAGGGCUGGACGGCGCGCCGCAAGUCUGAGUACAUGAAGACGCCUGAGUACAACCCGGAGCUGCGGCGCCAGCUGCGGUAA